AUGGCUAUAACAAGAAAAACACGGUUUUCCGACCUCCCCAGUGAACUACGCUCCAUGAUCUGGAAUUACGCAUUCAACACUUCCUCCCAGAUUCAAACUCUCAGCAUCUUCGACACACGCCUUUACGAGCGAGACAACAGCAAAAACACCAUCGUCUCCUCAUCCUCGUCUACCACCGUCGGGCCAAUCAUCCCAGUCAAGUCCCACUGGAGCAUCGUCUCAGUUCCCAAACGAUGUCUCCCCACCGCCCUCCUCACCUGCCGCGAAACCUGGGCCUUCUCAUCAAACUUCCUAGGCGCUUACCGAGAAAGCCAUGAACUCGUCAAUCCCGCUUCAAUCACCAUAUUGCAAGCCAACCCCGAGAAAUUCUACCAAAAGACAACUUACUCACCUAUCCCCAAGACCAUCCAGAAGGGACAAGACUUCCUCAUCAAGCCCGAUGAAAUCGUCCAUUUCCGCCCCUUCGAGCAGACGAUCCGCUCCGACUCCGGCCAUACAUUAGAAAUCACCAGCCAGGAUCGGGCGAUGAAGUUCUUCGGCAUCAAAUACCUCGCCAUCUCCUACACGGAUCUGUAUUAUUUCAAACACGCCACUCCGCACACCGUCAAAUUCCACAAUCUGCAAAUCCUCUUCGUGCUCAAACCGCAGUAUGGAGAAAGAGAGGGCAAUCCCUGCUCCGAAGACGAGUUCGAAUAUGCUUUCCGAUAUGCGAAUGCUCGCGCCUUGAGGUAUACCGACAUCUACCCUGUCUGGCAGAUGGAGCUUGACGAGCUGCCUCUCAGGAUCAUCCGAGUUGACAGCUUAGAGGCGGCGGCGAGGGCGGUGAGGAGUGUCAAUAAGUUGGAGGCGACGGGGUGGGAAAUGUCGAGGAGUGUUUUGUGUGUGGCGUAUAAAGGGGGGCCGGGGGUGUCUGCGCUGCCUUAUUCGGGUCCGGUUCUUGGGAGGCGGACGGUGGAUUAUGAGCUUAAUCUUUGGAGGGGUUGCGGGGAUGGGGUGAGGGUGCAGGAGCUUGUUGAUUGGGAUGAGAGGGAGGAGAUGGGUGGGCUUGAUGGGAUUGAUGUGGUGAGGAUGCUUGCUUCGAAUUCUAAUUCUUUCUGGGCGGAUGAUGAAGAUGAUGUUGCUGGCUUUGGGGAUUAUUUCUCGGCGUUGGAUGAGUUGGAUGGACUGGGUGGACUGAAUGGAAUGGAUGAUUUGGAUGAUUUGGAUGAGCUAGAUGGGCUGGAUGAGCUGGAUGGUCUGGACGACUUGGAUGAAUAG